ACACCAUGGAGGUGGUGCUGAUCUUCCUGUGCAGCCUGCUGCCUCCCACUGUCCUGGCCAGUGCAGCUGAGCAAGAGAACGAAAAGGACCCUUUUCAUUAUGACUACCAGACGCUGAGGAUUGGGGGAUUGGUGUUUGCCGUGGUUCUCUUCUCAGUGGGGAUUCUCCUGAUCCUGAGUCGCAGAUGCAAAUGCAGUUUCAAUCAGAAGCCCCGGGCUCCAGGGGAUGAGGAGGCCCAGGUGGAGAACCUCAUCACUGCAAAUGCAACGGAGCCCCAGAAAGCAGAGAACUGAAGUGUAGCCCUCAGGUAGGAAGCCUCCAGAACCUGAAGGGAGCUGCUUGAAACUUUAGAUGCAAAUGUUGAUGCUUAAGAACACCGGCCACCUCAGCAGCAGAUCUUUCCCCAGGAGAAGCCAAGAAUGUGUGUGUCCCCUGCCCCCUCCCCGUCCCCAGAACACGGUCCACAACUUAAUGAUGCAACUAACACCCGCCUCCCCUGCCCGCAGCCUGCGGUCUCGUCCACCUCCUGUGACGUGUCUGUGUGUGUGUGUGUUUGAUGACUGUGGUCUCUGUUGCUGCUUGUUUGUGGAUGAUGUUGUAUUUUAGUGACCCCAGACUCACUUUCCUGGGCGGGUGCUGAGCCAUGGCGCCAUCGGCCCCUCCCUUCUCCCCUGGGUCCCCCCAUCAUCUCCCACUCCCGGGAGUCUGCUUUUUCCCUUGAGAGACCAGUCCCUUCUCUGGAGUGAGGGGUGGGUGUAGGUAGGGGUAGGGGGCAUGGGUGGGGGCCUCCCGUUGUCUUGGGACUUGGGAAGGUUUAUAUGACCUUCGUGAUCAUUCUCCAUGGCCUCUCUUCACUUCCUUAAGAGCCUGGCUUCUGUAUUCUAGCCCCGACCCGAGUCUGCUCUGGGGUCUCUUGGCAAUGAGGGGUUCACAGCAAGGAGCUGGUGAGCCCAGCUUUGCCUCCAGGCAGGCUCUGCCCCGUCCAUGGUCAUCUCCUCUUGGGGCUUCCAGCAGGGAGUCCUCAUCUGCCCCGCACCAUGGCAGAGCAGCCCAGAAUCCCGGGCUCGGGGCUUCUACUCUGCCCCUUAGGGAAUGUGCCCUUUGCAUAUCUUCUCAGCAAUAACCCCAUGGGCUCUGGAACCCUGCUUCGCCCCCUCCCAACCUCCCGUCUUCCCUGCUUCUGAGACUCCCAGCUAUAGCCCAGCCCUUCUGGACUCAGACGCCUGUCCCUGAAUGAGGGCUCUGGGAGGCGAGGGCUGAGGGGACCCAUUCUGUGGGGGCCAGCACUGUGGGGAGGGGCAGCCGGGAGAGCAGGGGUCCUUUGCUUCUCUGCCCC